UUGGCCGGGCGCAGCCGCCGGGGCGGGGCCCGCCGCAGCGAGGACGACAAAGGGCUGCGGGCGGCGGGCGCCGCGUCUGCGUCCGCGCUGCUCCCCUCAGGCCGAGGCGCCGGCCUCCGCCCGCGCGCUCCAGAUGAAGUGCGAGCACUGCACGCGCAAGGAAUGUAGCAAGAAGAGCAAGACCGAGGACGCGGAGGAUGUGUCGGCCGAGGCGAGCGCGAGCCCGGCGCGGGCGGGCGGAGAGAAGGGAGCGUUCCACAAGCUGGCUGAUGCCAAGAUUUUCUUGAGCGACUGCCUGGCGUGUGACAGCUGUGUGACUGCAGAGGAGGGCGUCCAGCUCUCCCAGCAGAAUGCCAAGGACUUCUUCCGGGUCCUGAACCUUAACAAGAAAUGUGAUACCUCAGAGCACAAAGUGCUGGUCGUGUCUGUGUGCCCGCAGUCUUUGCCUUACUUUGCUGCUAAGUUCAGCCUCAGUGUAACUGAUGCCUCCAGGAGACUCUGCGGCUUCCUCAAAGGUCUGGGGGUGCACUACGUGUUUGAUACGACGAUAGCUGCGGACUUCAGCAUCCUGGAGAGUCAGAGGGAGUUUGUGCGCCGCUACCAGCAGCACGGCCAGGACGCGUGUGCGCUGCCCAUGCUGACCUCCGCCUGUCCCGGUUGGGUCCGAUACGCGGAGCGGGUGCUGGGCCGCCCCGUCACGCCCCACCUCUGCACUGCCAAGUCCCCCCAGCAGGUCAUGGGCUCCUUGGUGAAGGACUACUUUGCCAGACAGCAGAACCUGUCUCCAGAGAAGAUUUUCCACGUGAUCGUGGCCCCUUGCUAUGACAAGAAGCUGGAGGCUCUUCGAGAAGGGUUUCCUGCUGCCUUGCACGGGUCCCGCGGUGUUGACUGUGUGCUCACGUCAGGUGAAAUUGCUCAGAUAAUGGAGCAGAGCGACCUCUCUGUGAAAGAUGCCGCUGUGGACACUCUCCUUCGGGCCCCAGUGCUGUGUUUGGUGGUGGAAGGCGAGACUGGAGUUUGCAGAAGGUUUGGGGACUGCAGGGAGGAGAGAGUGGGGCGCCGUGACGGAGCCGGCGCCGACGGGUACCUGGCGCACGUCUUCAGGCACGCGGCCAAGGAGCUGUUCGACGAGCACGUGGAGGAGGUCACCUACCGCGCCCUGAGAAACCGGGACUUCCAGGAGGUGACCCUUGAGAAGAACGGGGAGGUUCUGCUGCGCUUCGCUGCCGCCUACGGCUUCAGGAACAUCCAGAACAUGGUCCUGAAGCUCAGGAGGGGCAGGCUCCCCUACCACUUCGUGGAGGUGCUGGCGUGUCCCCGAGGUGAGGCGUGUCCCCGUGGUCAGGCGUGUCCCCGUGGUCAGGCGUGUCCCCGAGGGUGUUUAAACGGCAGGGGCCAGGCCCGCACUGAGGACGGCCAGGCGGACAAGGCCCUGCUGCGGCAGAUGGAAGGCAUCUACUCGGCCCUCCCGGUGCACCCCCCGGAGACCAGCGCGCAUGUGCAGGCGCUGUACCAGGAGUGGCUGGAAGGCAGCGACUCCCCCAAAGUGCAGGAGGCGCUGCACACCACCUUCCAGAGCCCGGAGCACUGCACGGACAGCCUGGACAUCAAGUGGUGAAGAGCCCGGCAGGCUGGGCUGUCUCAGCGUGGAGGAGGCCGCCUCUCGGGCCCCCGGGCUCUGCCGCACCGUGUCGGUGGCCCCGUGUCACGUGGUGCUAUCUUACUGUGCGUGGGGUUGGGAUGUGUCAACAGGAGCAGAGGCGUCCCCGACUGAGUGCCCUUUUAUUCUAAGAUGGUGGGAGAGUCCCGGAGACUGACAGAACAGACUACACUGUUAGGUUUAAAAAAAUCCAAAAAGUGUCCUGUGGAGAGCUGAGGUCCCCAGAGUUCUGAUUCCCAGGCCCCAGAGGUCACUGAGGUAGAAAUGGACGCAGAAGGCUCUGGGGCUGUGGGGGCUGGCAGUGCCUGGUCCCCACUGCCUUACCCAGGGUGGCUGUUACAUUUACCCAUUUACAUCUCGGGGGGGGGCAUCCUAAAUUCUGCACAGUCACCGUCACCAGAGAGCAGUGGCCGCCACCCUGCUGUGGCCACCCUCAGCUGAUGUGGGCUCAGCCCUACUGGAGACAGGGAAGGCCCCCCAGGUGGAGCAUCACCCCGGUGGACAGUCUGCCCCACAGGCCGUGGGGCCCCUCUGCACCCCUUCAUCCUUCCCAGUGUCCUCGGCCUCAGACGGGACCUCACACAAGUGGACCCAGCUCAUCCCCUCGGCUGCCCAGGGCCUGCUGCUGGGCGCCCGCGUGUCCACCAACGGCGGGCGGGCCGGCGCACCUGCAGCGCCGCACAAGGGCCAUCCUGGGAGGGCGCCUGAAGAGGCCCACGUGGUUUCAGAAAGAACAGGGGAGGUGGCCCCAGCCCCGUGUGUCGUGAAGCUUCUCGUUGGCUUGCCUUCAUCCUGUUCCAUGUCGUGUGUGCCUGUGUGCCGUCCAGGUAGACAACUGGACGUGCUGUGUUAAAUGGGAUAUUUUUUUGCUUUCAAUCCAUGUACAUAGCCUGAAGUAACUGGUGGUGGAAUAAACAGUGGAAGAGUGA